CAAUCGCGAGGCUGGAUGGCUGCCCAAGAUGGCGGCGCGCUGGGAGCGUAACAUCUGCGUUUCUAGGAGCUUCGCGCUGCAUAUGGUUUGAGACUAGGGGUUAGAGGCCCGCUCCAGAUUGGUGGUUUGGCUGGAACGUGGCCCGCAGAGAUGGCUCUGAGUAAAUCAAUGCAUGCAAGAAAUAGAUACAAGGACAAACCUCCUGACUUUGCAUAUCUGGCAUCCAAAUAUCCAGAUUUUAAGCAACAUAUUCAUAUAAAUCUGAAUGGAAGAGUGAGUCUUAAUUUUAAAGAUCCCGAAGCAGUCAGAGCUCUGACUUGUACUCUCCUAAGGGAAGAUUUUGGACUUUCUAUUGAUAUUCCAUUGGAGAGACUAAUUCCCACAGUUCCCUUGAGACUCAACUAUAUUCAUUGGGUAGAAGAUCUGAUUGGUCAUCAUGACUCUGACAAAAGUACUCUCCGAAGAGGAAUUGACAUAGGUACUGGAGCAUCCUGCAUCUAUCCUUUACUUGGAAGUACCUUAAAUGGCUGGUAUUUUCUUGCAACAGAAGUAGAUGAUAUGUGCUUCAACUAUGCAAAGAAAAAUGUGGAACAGAAUAACUUAUCUGAUCUUAUAAAAGUUGUAAAAGUACCACAGAAGACACUUCUGAUGGAUGCUCUUAAAGAAGAAUCAGAGAUAAUCUAUGACUUUUGCAUGUGCAAUCCUCCCUUUUUUGCCAAUCAGUUGGAAGCCAAGGGAGUAAACUCUCGAAAUUCUCGAAGACCUCCACCUAGUUCGGUAAAUACAGGAGGGAUCACAGAGAUCAUGGCAGAAGGAGGCGAGUUAGAGUUUGUUAAAAGGAUCAUCCAUGACAGUUUACAACUUAAAAAAAGAUUGCGGUGGUAUAGCUGUAUGCUGGGAAAGAAAUGCAGCCUUGCGCCUCUGAAGGAAGAACUUCGGGUACAAGGGGUUCCUAAAGUCACCUACACUGAAUUCUGUCAAGGUCGGACAAUGAGAUGGGCCUUAGCUUGGAGUUUUUAUGAUGACGUAACAGUUCCAUCACCACCAAGUAAGCGAAGAAAAUUAGAGAAGCCAAGGAAACCCAUCACAUUUGUAGUGUUGGAGUCUGUGAUGAAAGAAUUAUCCCUCAAAGCAUCAUCUUUGGGCUCGGGGACAGUGGAAGAAGGCAUAGUAGUUGUGACGACAUGGAUUGAAAAAAUUCUCACUGAUCUUAAGGUCCAGCAUAAACGAGUUCCUUGUGGAAAGGGGGAAGUUAGCCUUUUCCUAACAGCCAUAGAAAACUCCUGGAUUCAUUUAAGGAGAAAGAAAAGAGAACGAGUGAGACAAUUGAGAGAAGUUCCUCGAGCUCCUGAGGAUGUCAUCCAAGCCUUGGAAGAGAAAAAGUUCACCCCCGAAGAGUCUGGCAGUAGCCAAGAUUUGGCCCAGGGCCCCCCGGAGAGCGGGCCUGCUCUACAGGAAGGCGAGUCAGCCACUGUUGAGGGCCAUGGCCCAAUCCAGGAUUCGCUUUUCCAGGAAGGAAACCCAGGACCCAUGGAGGAUGAAAGGAGUGAGGAAAAGGGAGACAUGGAGGUCUUGGAAAGUUGUAAAGGCUCUAGCAAUGGAGCCCAGGACCGAGAGGCUUCUGAGCAGCUCAUCAACCCAGUGUCUGAAAAAGAGCACCCUCUCCAAGGAGUGGCUGGACAUUACCUUUUCAAGUGUUUGAUAAACAUUAAGAAGGAGGUAGAUGAUGCCCUAGUUGAAAUGCACUGGGUGGAGGGUCAGAACAGGGAUUUGAUGAACCAGCUUUGUACCUAUAUACGUAACCAGAUUUUCAGGCUUGUUGCCAGUUAACUCCAAACUUCUUGCACAGUUGGAAAAGUUCUAUGAAGCAGCUUGGAGUGGCCUGUGGGGUGGCAAAAGGAAUUCUGCCAUGGGUCUAUUGGUAGCAUUAUGUGGAAUUACCUUUAAAAACAAAAACAAAUUAAUUCAUUUUUAGACCUCCCCCCAAUCCCCCUUUUUUAAGUUACAGGGCAUUGUAGUAUGGUAGUUCAGGAGGAAGAAUUGUGAUUAUCAGCAUCAACAAAAAGCCAUCAGAACAUUCAUAAUGGACUUAAACCUGAAUUAAACUGAUUACCUUAGCUUUAGACUGCUUCUCUGAGGCUAAAAGGAUUAUUUUUGGAACCUGGUCUGGGUCAGAACUGUACAGAGCAUCCUGCUUUCUCAUCCUCCAAAUGGAGGCAGUACACCUGGACAGAUCGGCUCUGUGCCCUCUUCUAGUGUCACCUUGAAGACUGAAGACUUUCUCUGGGUACAUAUGAUUGACUGCCCCUGAGUCAGUCCUAGGAAAAGAACUGGCCCGAUGGUAGAUGGUGGGAGAGUCAGGGAGAGGAAGCUUAGUAAUACCAGAAGAGGGGCUGAUCUGGGGAGUGCCUGGAAACGUCACAUUCCUGACUCAUGUCCAUUUUGAUGUUGCUUAUUCCAGAAACAAUUAGGUAAGCAAAACCCGCAGAUAUGAGUGACUGAGACACAACAGAAUGAAGCCAUACCCUUACCUCCAACCUGUUGAAAGUACUGUUUGUAGUAGUUUUACUAGUAUAUGACAUUUGAAAUGGAGCUUUGUUUUGUUUUUAAUAUAAGAGUAAUUCUGAAUUGAAAACUGUCCAUUCUGUUUGAAUCCUGGGGUUGGGGAAAUAUACUCUUGAGUUUGAAUGGGUGAAUGAUGAUAAAAAUAAGAAAUAGAGCAAGAUAGUUAUAUUGCUUAAAUUCUCAUCUAUUGGCAGAUCAGUUGUAGCUGAUCAGUUACUACUUUGGUGUUGGUUCCUUAGUAAUCCCCUCUGUACUUACCUACCUGUUAGCAUAGGAGAAUUCUGAGGCCAGGAUAACCAUGUUCUUAAAACAUGUUUCUAAUUGGAAUGUCAGGGUUCAGCGGGAAUGCCUCUGGGAAAGGAGUCUCAUUUUUUGUUCUCUUGGUGUUUUGGUUACUCUUUGCUGAGCUUCACUUCAGCAGCCUGGUAUUCUAUUUAUACUGAAUUUUUUUGAGUAUGAUGCCAGACAGAGUCCCUUGUUACCUACAAAGAAGACCGGAGCAGAAUAGUUAAAGCCACACUUUAGAAAGGUGGCUAUUGGUCAGGGCAGAAUACUGAUGACCUUGGCAUAUUUUGGCAGUAGCUAGGCCAGGCCCUCGGCAAAGAUACAGGAAAUGAAAAUAGGAUUAUGUUAUACCUCCCUGUAGCGAUGGAAACAGCUGCAGAAGAUAACAUAGUAACCCAUCAGUGUUCUUAACCUGGUCUGUGAGCCUCAAGAGAAUCCAUAAACCUCCUGGGUUGUUUUUAUUUUAUUAAAGAAAAUUUUUAAUAUAAUUUUAUUGAUGUCGGAGAGGAAGGGAAUCGAACUAUGACCUCCUCAUUCAUAGGUCGACACUCAAUCACAGCCAUGCCGGCCGAGCCUGGGUUGUUUUUAAAAGCUCUGUGAGCAUAUGUGUUUUGUUUCAUUUUGUUCCUGGAGAGAAGGGUUCCUGACAGAGCAGUCAGUAACCCACUCAGGAUUAGGAACCACGGUUCUAGUCCAACCUCUCAUUUGACAGGUUGAGGAGACCAGUCUUGGCCUAGGGUCACACAGAACCAAGGUUUAAUGCAUAGCCUUGGAUUCCUCUGGUUCAAUAAUCUCCUGUGCUCACCCACACCAGCCUGCUGUAUUGACCUCUGUCGACACAUUUGAAUCAUAUGCCAGACCCAAACCUAGGUAAAUUUCUGUCUUGAUAGAAUUUUAGGGUAAUUGAGUUAGGUGGCAACUAGUGGCCAAUAAGUAUUUAUUUUUUGCUUGUUUGUGUCAUUAAAAAAAGAAUCUAGCAUGUGCUCAUUAAAGAUUUGGAAAAGUGAAAGAAAACGGCAACAAAGUCACUCCCAGUCUCAGCCUUCUCAGACACAACCACUAAUGGUGUUUUAGUAUUUCCUUCUAGUCUCUCUUUCUGUAGAUGGGGUGUGUGAUUAGGUUUAACUUUGGUUGUACUCAUGCUGUGUAUUUAGUUUUAUAUUAUGCUUUUUUCAUUUUAUACCUUAUAAGUAUUUUUCCAUGUUAUAACAGUAGUGCAUUUAUUUAUACUCCUUGCCUGAUCAAAAUAUAUUUCAGGCACAGUAUUAGCCUUUGUUUAGAUCUAGUACUUAGAGAUUCCCAGAGAAUAAGCUAUGUAACUGGAGGCACCAAAGAUGUGUGCAAGUUUCAUUGUCCCAGGUUUAAGGCUUUGUGUCAUGGAGGAGGUUUUAUAGGUGUUGUCAAUGCACUUAGAGUUUAAAAGAUACGUGACAAGGGAAGCUUCCACUGCUAGAGCUGUGAGUGUCUUCUUUGCAUUUGGAUAUCUAAUGAGAACAUUGAAAACAUUUUUUUAAAUAUAUUUCUAUUGAUUUCAGAGAGGAAGGGAGAGGGAGAGAGAGAUAGAAAC